AUGAAUAAUCCUUAAUGUCAAUCCUGCAUUUAAUAUAUUGCAAUUGUAACUUGUAGAGAAUGCAAAAUUUCGCUAUGUUUCAAAUGUGAUGAACAACUUCAUUAAGAAAAGAAUGAUAAUCACUACAGAACAACUAUUUCAUUUCAACCUCGAUCAACAUUAUAAAAUGACGAUGAAAAAAUAAUCGAGAUGAUAAAACUGAAGAAAAAAGAGUUUUAAGAAUUGAAAGAGAAGGAAUCUCAAUUAACUAUGCAUUAUCAAGAUAGAAUGAUAUAAGCCAAGAAUAAAUAUGAAUUACAAAUUUCAGCAUUAGAAAACAGAUUGCAAAAGUCAUAGAAGUUAAUGAAUGGAGUCAGCCAAGAUAAUGGCGAACUUGAUGUUGAUAAUCUGUAGAAUGAAUUGGAGAAUUUAGAAAAGAAUUUGAAAAGUGAAAUAAAAUUGGUAGAAGAAGAACAAAGAUUGUUGGAUGAGAAAACUCAAAAGGUUGAUGCCCUAUUAAAUAGAGUUAAAAAGGCAACAGACAUUGAACAAUAACAAAUUAUAAAAAUGAAUGAAGUUGUAUAAAUAUUCAAAGCUUGUUCAGAAUAAUUGUAAAAAGAGAAAGAUCUAUUGAUGCUUGACAAUGAAAAACUAAUUGCUGAAGUAGAGAUCUUUGCUAAAUUCUUUGAUGAAAAUGGACCUUUGAUGGAAGAAUUAAAUGCUUAGAAGAAUAAUGAAUAAUAAUGA